AUGCAAACCCCAAUGUUGAGGCUGGACACUGUUUCCUUCAUGGAGGUCCUACCACAUUCCACACUGGCAAAAAUAUUUGUGGAGCCGCCACCGCCGCCGCCGCCAAAGCCGCCACUGCUGCUGGGUUGUCGGUAUAAAAAUCCCGGACCCGUCACCUGGAAGCAUCAGUCGCUCGUUGAACCAGUUCAGCAAGAAAACCCAAAGCAUUUUUUCUUGAAACCUCUCAAGAAACUCAACCCAACCCAAGUCAACAUGAAAUACUUCGCCGUGCUCGCCAUGCUCGCCGUCAUCUGCGCCGCCGCCUUUGGCGCCGAAGAAGAGAAGCCCAAGGACCUCGAGGGCGCCGAGUCCUACCUGGGCUACGGCGGCUACGGCUACGGCUACCCGUCCUACGGCUACCGAUCAUACGGAUACGGACACGGCUACGGCUAUGGCGGCUACAAGCCAUACGGUCUCUACCGCAACUACUGGUGAACAAUUCACGGAAAAAACCCCGUCUGAUUGCUGCUGAUAUGAACCAAAACCAACCCACGACCUUUUUCGGCAUUUUUUAUGUGUGCGUGUGUUUUUUUCGUUUCUUCUUUUUUUCGCAAACGAAGGAAAAAAGUUGAGGAAAAAACUUUUUUUGUUUUUGUUUGAAAAUGAUGAUGGCGAGGAAAAGAGAAGGAGAAAUGCGUUUUCUCGCACCUUUCUUCUUUCUUCCUGGGAUAUUGUCAAACAUCAGUGAAUGAUGAUCAGAGGGAACCGAUGAUGCAGGUUUUCUACGUUUUUUUCCACCCUGUGCUAUUGAAAGACCAAAUAAAAAAUGCAUCCACUGUGUGCUAUCACUUCUCAAAAA